AUGUCUAGCAGUUUACUCUCUCUGCUUUCGCGCUCGCGUGCGCGUGUCUGCCUCCACACCCCGCGGCGGAUUCCUGCGCUCUCCAGCGUGAGACUGUUAUCGACUCUCCCGAAUACGCAUAUCUUCCGCGCACUUCAGAGCCAUGACCCCGAGAGCUUGGCUGUCGUACACAGUCUCUCGUCACGAUCGUUUACAUAUGGUAGUUUAAUCGCCGAUGUCGUCCGCACCAAGGAUGAUCUGGAACGGAAGGCUGCGAGAGCGCAGGGCCAAUUGGUGGGCGAGCGGAUUGCGUUUCUCGCGGAGAAUAGCUAUGACUACGUAGUGACACUGCUGGCGAUCUUUGCUAGUGAUGCUAUUGCGCUGCCGCUCUCUCCGUCUUUCCCGACUGCGGAACUGAAGUAUAUCUUGGACAACUCGCAGGCCAAGAUGCUGCUUACGACCGAAAAGUAUGCGGAUAAGGGCAUGGAGGUCUUGCGGGAGGGACUCGAUCAUGAGCCUAUAUUCAAUGUCCGCAAUAAGCUCACAGAGAGCGCAUCAAGCGAGAGCGUAACACUACAAGACUUGAAGCAGCCUUCGUCUGGUGGAAUGAUGUUGUAUACCUCUGGGACUACGAAUCGACCGAAAGGCGUACUCAUCCCGCAGUCGGCACUAGCAGCGCAAGCAUCUUCAUUGCUAGAAGCAUGGAAGUACACACCGAAUGACCGACUUCUACACCUUCUCCCCCUCCACCACAUCCACGGCGUGGUAAAUGCAAUUGUGACCCCAUUAGUAGCAGGGUCAUCAAUCGAGUUCAUGUUCCCCUUCAACCCAGAACGAGUCUGGAAACGCCUAGCAGCGCCCUUCCUCCCCUCCACCACAGAAUCGCCCAUCACAUUCCUCACUGCCGUACCAACAAUCUACAACCGUCUCAUGACCACCUUCCCCAAUCUCCCAUCCGAGAUCCAAGACGCCGCAAAAGAAGGCAUCUCCCCGCAAAACCUCCGUCUCAGCAUCUCCGGCUCCGCCGCCCUCCCCACACCAACCAAGUCCGCCUGGACAAACCUCAGCAACGGCAACAUCCUCCUCGAACGCUUCGGCAUGACCGAAGUCGGAAUGGCGAUCAGCUGCGGUCUCGACAACGCAGACCGAGUUGACGGCAGCGUCGGCUGGCCCCUACCAGGCGUCGAAGCCCGACUCGCCGAUCUCGAAACCGGCGCAGUAAUUCCCAUCGACGGAAAAGAUGCCAACGGCCGUGAACGCGAAGGCGAGAUCCAGCUCCGCGGCGAAACGAUCUUCAGCCAUUACUGGGGUAACGAGAAGGCCACGCGGGAGAGUUUCGUUCAGAGCGACGAUGGCGGUAAACCGUGGUUCUGCACUGGGGAUGUUGCUGCGCGACGAGUAGUUGAUGGAGCUGGUAGUGGGACCAGUGGUGAUUGGGCUCGGGGACCGAUGUAUUUCAUUCAGGGACGGAAGAGUGUUGAUAUUAUCAAGACCGGUGCUGAGAAGGUCAGCGCGCUGGAGGUUGAGAGGGAGUUACUUUCUCUUCCCCAAGUUACUGAAGCUGCUGUUGUCGGUCUUCCUUCUGAACAGUGGGGACAGAAGGUUGCUGCUGUGGUUGUUCUCGCUCCUGACGCGGCUGCUUCAGGUCGUAAUGGUCGGUCCUGGGGACCGAUGGAUAUGCGACGGGCAUUGAAGGAUCGUCUGGCGGCGUUUAAGACGCCACAGGAGAUGAAGGUUUUGGAGGCUAUUCCCAGGAAUGCAAUGGGGAAGGUCAACAAAAAGGCACUUGUCAAAGAAGUCUUCGGUAUUUAA